AUGGUCUAUCCUAUGCCCCUGAUUAGUGAUCUGCUAGAAGGUCUCGAUAAAGCACUAUGGUACUGCUCGUUAGACAUGGCCAGCGGGUUCUGGGUCGUGCCCAUGACGGAUCGGGCUCGCGAGAUCUCAGCAUUUAUCACUCCGUUUGGACUAUUCGAAUGGAGUCGCAUGCCUUUUGGUCUUAAGAAUGCCCCGCAGAUUGAUCAGCGCCUCGUAGACAACGCGCUGUAUGGAUUUUUGAGGAUGUCGCGAUCCGGCGACGCUGGGGCUACAACGGACGUGUUCAAGACAGGGAUAGCGGACGAUCUUGAUCGCGAGUCAGUGUUGGGACGGAGAUCAUACAUCGACGACAUCAUGAUUGCAGCGGAAUCGUGGGAUCAAAUGUGCCGAAUAGUGGAAGAUCUGUUGGAAGCUUGUGAUAAGUGGAAUUUGUCGAUCAGUGUAGCCAAGAGCUAUUGGGGGCAUGUAUAUCUGGGACACUUGUCGAUCGGAGGUCUGGAGGCGAACCCGAAAGUUCAGAAAUCUCUGACCGAUCUGCCGUUCCCCGGAUCACUGCGAUCUAUGCAGUCGUUCCUGGACAGUCUGAAUUACUACAGCCGAUUCAUCGAAGAUUACGCUAUCUAUGCCUCGGUACUCUACGAAUUACGGGAGGUGGAGUUUGCAGAACUGGAGAAACGAUCGGAUCUGAGGGAGAUCAUGGACCGGAAUGACCCGAUUCCUCGAGAUCACGACCCACCGGAACUGACGUUGACGGGACCAGUGGACGAGAGAUGGAUCAGGGCACAUAGAGCCUUCAUCACUCUGAAAACCAAGUUCGCGACGACCCCAGUCCUCCGCCAUUUCGACGAGACGAGAACGCCGGUAGUUAUCGUGUAUGCCCGUGAUUGGGCGAUAUCCGCUUCGUUGACGCACACGACGGGAUCUACCAUCCGGUAG